AUGACUCCUGCUAGCGAGUCCAAGCCGCUAUUCAUAGCAACCAAGCUCCGGAUACCAACUGACGAAACAGCUGGAAGCCCAUGGAUGAACAGCACGAAAGCCGAUGUGAUGCCGUUGCACCGCGCACAACACCCCGCCGUGGGCAUCAUGCAGCGGAAAUGGCACUCCAUCAAGUUGAAAUGUUUACAUCACGUCGACUUCACCGACCCCCUGUAUCCUUUCGCCGAAGGGGCCGCCCACGUGAAGGCCGAGAGUGGCAUCGAAUGUCAGUGGGUGGGCGAUCUUCCGGAGUAUGCGGGGCAUUGCAAGAUUUGCCCCGUUGCGAACGCGCUCAGAGGAGCCCAUGCUGCGCCUCCGCCCAUCAGCAAUGGCAAUGGCUACCAUGAGGAAAGUGGUGGCAGCAGCCCCUUCGAUGAGGACGAUAUUUGCGUGGCGAAGUAUGACUUCGAUGGUGGGCAGAAUCCUAAGUUGCUGCGUCUUUCGGCCAACGACAUGGUCAAGAUCUAUCGAACUGUGCCCAGCGGCUGGGCGGGCGGCAUCUUACUUGAUAAGACCAUGGAGGAAGUGGGGCUUCCUGGAUGGUUUCCCAUGAAGUAUGUGGAGCUAUACAAGGACGGGGAGAACAUCGCUUGA